UUUCUCCUAGUUCCGGUUUGUCUGCCUGUGUGCGCUGUGCGAGUUGGGACCCUAAACAAAAGGCUGCCAUCAUCCUAAAGGAGAUAUUCCGCUGCGAGGGAGCCCGUCUGCUUGAUGCUAACUAAACAUGAGCUCCUAUUUUGUUAACCCUCUUUUUUCCAAGUACAAAGGCGGUGAGUCACUGGAGCCAACUUACUACGACUGCAGGUUUCCUCAAAGCGUUGCCCGCAGCCACACGCUGGUUUACGGACCCGGAGCAGCCGCACCGGGCUUUCAGCACCCGUCCCAUCAUGUGCAGGACUUUUUCCACCACGGGACCACGGGGAUCUCCAACCCCGGAUACCAGCAAAACCCCUGCGCUUUGGCUUGCCACGGAGACGCAACGAAAUUUUAUGGAUAUGAAGCCCUUCCGAGGCAAACGCUUUAUGGUACCCAGCAAGACGCAAGCCUAGCGCAAUACGCAGACUGUAAAUCGUCGAGCAGCUCUAACCCCGGAGAAGGACAAGGCCACUUAAAUCAAAACUCCUCUCCCAGUCUUAUGUUUCCCUGGAUGAGACCCCACGCCCCAGGAAGACGGAAUGGGAGGCAAACCUACAGUCGCUACCAGACUCUUGAACUGGAGAAGGAGUUUCUCUUCAACCCUUACCUGACCCGCAAGAGAAGGAUCGAGGUGUCCCACGCCCUGAGCCUCACCGAGCGACAGGUGAAGAUCUGGUUUCAGAACAGGAGGAUGAAGUGGAAAAAAGAGAACAACAAAGACAAGUUUCCGGGUCAGAGAGGAGAGGCUGAAGCCGAGGCCGAGGAAGAGGGCAACGAGGACGGUGAAGGCGAAGAGGGAGAAGAGAAGGAAGCGGAAGAGAAAGAAGAGACCAAGGAGUGAUUUUAUGGUCCUUUUUAUGGUUAUAUGGCUGAAAAAAGAGAAAAAAGAGAGGUCCCAUAAACAGACGAAGAGUCACAAGGAGGCAGAGAGCGUCAACUUUAUGACCACCCUUUCAUUUUGUCAAGAGGGAGAAGGAAUCCCAACAAUAUUGCUGUCAUAAAUAGACAAAAUUCUUCCCUGCUCUCACAAUUAUCCUAACAUGAUUCGUGUUGCCGUUUGGAUUUUUCUGUAGAAGCUACACACGCUUGUAGCAAAUUGUCUUUGGUAGAAAACUGUCGCCCCUGCAA